UUUCUUCAAAGAUCAUUAUCUUUUGAAAACUAGCUAGCUAAAUACAUGGCAUCAACCGAUAAGCCUGAUUCAGAAUCCGGCAGGCAGGUGUCGACUCAGCCGUCUUCCGGUGGUAAAUGUUUCGGCCUUGGGUUGACGCUUAGGGUUUUAGUGUUGGCAGCAUGCAUUACAGCCGUUGUUGUGAUGGUCACCAGCAAACAAACCGAGCUUGCUUUUGUUCCAGGAAUCCCAUUCCGUGUUCCUGUUCCAGCCAAAUUCAGUCACUCACCUGCUUUCAGUUACUUUGUAUCAGCGCUAUCGGGUGCUGGGCUUUACAGUAUCAUCGCAAUACUUUGUUCCCUUUCUGUAAUGAGGAAGCCUUGUUCGACCAAAGUCUUGUUCCACCUUGCUACCGGGGAUGUGAUAAUGUUGGGAAUAGUAGCAUCGGCAACCGGGGCAGCCGGUAGCAUAGCAUACGUGGGAUUAAAAGGAAAUGAUCAUACAAGGUGGAUGAAGAUUUGUCAUGUAUACGACAAGUUCUGUCGCCAUGUCGGAAGCUCCAUUGCUGUCUCACUCUUCGCUGCUGUUCUGCUUGUCUUCCUUUGUGUGCUCAACAUUUGCUCACUUUACAAGCGGAUCCGCCAUUAGAGAGAUAUCACGAGAUGAUCACAAGUUACUUGCUCAUUCAUCAUCACCAUCAUCAUCAUCAUCAUCAUCAUCAUGUAUAACUAGAUAUCUGCAUGCAUGGUAUUCAUUAAUUUAAUUGUUGUAAUUAAAUAGUUUUCCGUCCUAUAGGGUUUCUCUGCAUAUACGUAAUUUAAUUUGUAUUGUGUGUGAAAUGAAUCAUGGUGGUGUAUUGUUA